CCAUAUCUCAUUCGAACAUGCAACCACACAACACAUACAAUACCAUGUCCUCACAUCAGUCCACUGAAAUUUCAGGCUUCAUCUUCCACCCAUGGUCAUGGUGGUGCAACAGCAUCGACCCCAAACACCAAUUCGCAGGUGCAUUAAUCACCGUUUCCGCUCUAGUGCUCGUGAUCGCAUGCCACGCAUGGGCCAAGAUCAAUUCCAGGAGGCCCGCAUUGCCACCGGGUCCACGAGGUUUGCCAUUGGUCGGGUACCUCCCGUUCCUCAAACCCGACAUCCAUCGCUCAUUCACCGAGCUGGCUCAGACCUAUGGCCCGAUCAUGAAUGUUCAACUCGGCAGCAAGAUUUGCGUUGUAAUCAGCUCACCUGGCCUUGCCAAAGAAGUGCUUAAAGACCAUGACGUCACGUUUGCCAACCGUGACACCACUGCCGCCGCGCUAGCCUUCUCGCACGGGGGUUCGGACAUUGCGUUCAACUCCUAUGGACCCGAAUGGAGAAUGCUACGGAAGGUGGCAGCACAAGAGAUGAUGAGCAGCUCCGUGCUUGAUUCAUACUAUGAGCUGCGACGGCAGGAGGUUCGACAGACGGUGAGAGAUUUGUAUGCUAAGAUGGGCACACCUAUCAACAUCUCCAAUACGAAUUUUCAAACAACUCUUAAUGUGGUCACAAGCAUGUUGUGGGGUGGGUCUCUCGAUGUGGACGAUAGACGUGCCGUCGGGGCUGAGUUUGAGCAAGUGAUCCAGCAAGUCGUAGAGCUGUUGAGCAUCCCCAACGUUUCGGAUCUUUUCCCAGUUGUCGCAUGGUUAGAUUUACAGGGCGUUGUCCGACGGAUGAAGAGGCUUUCAAAGUGGUUAGAUCGGAUCUUCGACUCAGUCAUUGAUCAACGGACCAGAUUGAAUGGAGUGGAAGAGAAGGGUAAGAGCAAGGAUUUCUUGCAGUUGCUUUUGAAGCUGAAGGAUGCAGAAGACCCGAAAACGCCACUAACCCUUGAUCACGUAAAAGCCGUACUCGUGGACCUUGUGGCAGGUUCGACAGACACAACAUCAACGACGGUAGAGUGGGCCAUGACCAAGUUGAUAGAAAAUCCAGAAAUAAUGAGGAAAGUUCAAGAGGAAUUAGAUGAAGUGGUGGGGAUGAAUGACACAGUCGAAGAAUCCCAUCUGCCGAGACUGCAUUACAUGCGUGCGGUCAUUAAGGAGACGCUACGUUUGUACCCACCAAUUCCGUUCUUGGUUCCACGAACCCCGAGCCAACCAUGCAUCGUGGGUGGUUAUAUGGUCCCCAUGGGAGCCAGAGUUAUGGUGAAUGCAUGGGCCAUACAUAGGGACCCUGAGGUUUGGGACAACCCUUUGGAGUUUCGGCCUGAGAGGUUCUUGUCUACUUCGAGCAAGUUCGAUUUUAAUGGAAAUGAUUUUCGUUACAUCCCAUUUGGGUCGGGAAGGAGGGUCUGUGUAGGGAUUCCCAUGGCGGAGAGGAUGUUAAUGUUUGUUCUGGCAGAGAUGUUGCACUCAUUCGAUUGGCAAUUGCCCGAAGGGACAAAGCUUGAUUUAACAGAGAAGUUCGGAAUCGUUUUGAAAAAGGCCAUACCGCUCGUCGUCAUUCCCACGGCCAGAUUGUGGAACCCAAACCUCUACACUUGAGAGAUAAUUGUGAACUGCUUCCCCUAUUAGCUAAUGAAUCAGCAACUCUAUUGUCUUCUCUAAGUAAAUGAACAAAUAAGGAAAUUGAUUUCCAAGCAUAUUUCAGAAGCUCUCUUCACCUAUGCCAUAAAGGUCAUGUCAAAAGACUAUUUAAUUAGUCUACCAAGAAAUGGUAUUUUAGGAUUUUAAGAUGGAAUAUGUUUGUGUUUAUUAUCCAAGUAUGCAUGGAAUGUUUUACUAAGGUCUACGUAAUGUGUAGUGUUAAUGUUAGUUUAUGUCAUUACCUUGUCUCUUUAGUUAUAUAUUUUUUUAUGCA